AAUUUUGAUCUGUCACUUGAAGCUCGCGUGGGUGCGUUUGUUUUGGAGAUUUCUGACCGCUCGUGGGCGCUUUGAAUCUGCAUCUCUUCAAUGUCCAAAGCAUGUCCAGGGAGAGGGAACUGAAGAUAUUGUCUGUGCAAUCGGGAAUUGAGCAAGAGGCUGGCGAAUUAUGCCGAUUGUGUGCCAGAAACAUCGAAGGCGAGACUUUGUCCAUAUUCCAGGACAAUUUUCAUGAAUCUCUGGAGGAAUUCCUGGGUGUCAGUAUUGGGCGAAAGGAUUUGUGGCCAAAGAGUGUUUGCCAGAAGUGUGUUCUGAGAGCGACAGAGUCAAUAAAGUUCGUCCGGAGCGUCCGGGAGAGUGAGAAGCUCUUCACUGGUAUCUACGGAGCCAAUGGAUCUGUUGUGGAGUUCGUCGUGACAGACGUGGCCGGUGGAGUGCAACAGGACUUUGAAGACAGCGAUGGUGUGGAGAUAAUUGAAGAUCAGGAGAUUCUGGAGGAUGGCGAAGUGAUAGACGACUCGGAGGAUGGAUUUGCCCAGCGGAGAUUGUCAGUGGAUUGUGGGGAAGUGCAAUGUACGCAAUAUGUUGCUCAGGAGGAGAGAGAAGAGACUCUGCCAGCUGUUCUGGUGCCACGACGACGCUACAAGACAGAUGAAGACUUUCGCCGGGCGGAAGCUUUCUAUGCCUUGUCCUGUACUUACUGCCUCGUCGCCUUUGAGCGGCUGAAGGAGCUGCGGGCGCACUACAGGGAGAUGCACCAGCAAGAAGGCUUCGUUCUGUGCUGCGGCAAGAAGCUCUUUCGCCUCACUUACAUGCUGGAUCACAUGGAAUAUCACUCGAAUCAGGAGGCCUUCAAGUGUGACCAGUGCGGCAAAUGCCUGGACAGUCAGUUGCACUUGAAAACCCACCAGCAGCAAGCUCAUCCGCGAAUCUACAGUCAUCGGAAGAAAGUGAUUGAGCGGCUGUCUGAAGCCAACAAGUUGAAUCGCUUCGAUUGCUCGCACUGUGGCAAGGAGUUUGACUACAAAGUCUCGCUGGAGAAGCACGUUCAGCAAUUGCAUCAGGGAGGAAUUCGGUGCGUGUGUCGCAUUUGCAGGAAGCAAUUCAAAUGCCGAAUAUCAUACCAAAGGCACAUGCGGAAUCACGAGGAAAAUGGCCAGAUUAUUUGAAGUAAGUUG